AAAGCCAGCGGGGGCGUCGGGGCUGGCGCUGCGUCACGGCAACGUGUCGCCCCUCUCCCCUUUAAAAUACUUUUAUCUGCCACGCCCACUCUAUAAUUCCCACCCAGCUGUUACUGGAAAUCCCUUUCAACAUGAGUCCAUUUACAAAUGUGCUUGCUGAACAGUGGGCGAGUCGGGUUGGGAGUCUCACCACGCGUCGGUGCGGCCAUCUCGUCUGUCAGUUUUCAGCAACUUGUUGCGCAGCUGCUAUUUCUAAGCUCCGCUGUGAGUCCAUUACUCCGGGGGCUGCUCUAUUUUAGCAGCAAACAGGUACUGCUUUGUGUUUCAGCGACUGUAUGGUGAUGCUUUCUCUGAAGAGAAACACAAAGAUGAAGCGGGGACUUUUUCUCAGAAACCACGCUUCAGGUUGUGCCCCACAAAAAGAUGUGGCUUGAUAUCGCGGACCCGUAUUUACAUUUUGGGGAAGCUUUCAUGACGUCCCUGGAGCCUACUGUGAAUUUUCGAGUCUAAUAUGACCCCACGGACAGGGGAUGGGAGUCAGGGGAUGGGAGUCAUGGGCUGGACACGUCCUUGCCACGGACUCGAGUGGAGCCACAGCUUCUUCUACCUGACUUUGCUCCUGUGGACUAGACGCGGGAAUGGACUGGCUGACUUCUCAAACUACUUGUCCAGGAUCAUCACCAGUCACUCUGCUCACGCGUGCGACGGACAGCCUCUGCGACUUCACUGCCCACGCCACUCCACCAUCUCCAUCCUAUCUGCCUUCUAUGGGCGCGGCGAAGCGCGGCUGUGCAGGACAGACCCAGACCCUCCACUCGGAGCCCACAACCGCAGUUGUUCAGCUUUUACUGCUCUACAGAAGCUGCUGUCCGAGUGUCAGAGCCACAGAGACUGCCGUUUGCGUGUCAAUCACCUGCUAUUUGGGAAAGACCCUUGUCCCGGCACUACCAAAUACCUCCAUGUGGACUACAAGUGCAAACCCACUGAACACAAAAGACAUGUGGCAUGUGAGGGAGAGACCCUGGUCCUGCGCUGUAAGCCCCCAAGGCUGUUGAACAUCUAUGCAGCUGUCUAUGGGAGAAGUCUGGGCCAGACUGACACCUGCCCCUCACACUUGACAAGACAACCCCCAUUUGAGUGUCUGAACCAUGAGGCUGUACACUUGGUGUCCAAGUCCUGCUACAGCAAACAGAGGUGCGUUGUUGCCGUCUCCAACCAGACCUUUAGAGACCCCUGCUUUCCAGGAACCAGCAAGUACCUCAGUGUGCUCUAUUCUUGUGUACCACGAGCUUUACUAAGGGAGGCAGAUCCAAACAUAUUCAACUCCACCUCAUCUCCAACUGUGGACACAGAUCAAGUGGCUUCUUCUGCAGAUCUGGGGGAGCCUUUCUCCAAAGGGUCAAAAAGGCCAGCCAGUGCAGGAGCUAUGAUGAGCCACUCUCUCCUGAUCUAUGCCUACAUCAAAGAGCAUCCAGAAAUGGCAGCGCUGCUGUUCACCUCCAGCGUGUGUGUUGGUCUUCUCCUUACUCUGCUGGCUGUAUCAGUCCGAGUGACCUGUGGGGCAUGUCCCCUCACAGCUCACAGACUCUCACCCAAGUCUCAAAGCCAGGAGGGGGACAAGGAGAGAGAUGAAGAAGAAGAUGAUGAUGAUGAUGAAGCGGGAACAGAAAGCUCUUUAAUCUCAGCGGCAGAGAGGAAGACGAUAUACAGCUGGGAGGAAGUGACUUAUGCUGCAAGCGAGGCGGCCGAACGUGCGGAGAGGAUUGAGCGCAGAGAGAUGAUCAUCCAGGAGAUUUGGAUGAAUAGCUAUCUGAAUGAUAGUCCGUGUUAACGGAACAGUGACGCAUGGAUGCAGUUCGUCACCUUCAGGAUUUUCGGCAGGAUCUCCUAGCCUUUGAUUCUUGCCAAAAUAACUUUUUUUUUUUUUUUUUUUUUUUAAAUUUUUAAA